AAAUGAAAAGCUAUUUGGUGAUGGAUAUGAAGAGCACAUUCGAGAGGGAGGACCGUGCGUGUUGAAAUGUCAGCAAAAGGAAGAAGGGGGAAGUCCAAGCACUGAGCAGCCACAGGAAGCUUUACCCACUUUUGACCCACAUCGAGCGCAAGUGCACCUCCUCCCACUGCAUUAACGCUGCUGCUGCUGCCUUUACAGACACCAAAGCUCUCAGCAUGAUGUUGUGGACACCACAUUUUGGACUAUAAACUUUUUUGUUGUUGUUUGUUAUUUAGUUUUCAGGACCGUCAUGGAAUACUGGAGGCAGUGCGCCCUGUGGCUGAUCGGCUGCAAGGUGCUGCCGGUCAACCAUCGGGUCACUGCGGACUCGGCGCAUGUCUUCGACCUGGCGCAAACUCUGCGGGACGGCGUGCUGCUGUGUCAGCUGCUCAACAACCUGAGGGCCCGCAGCCUCGACCUGAAGGCCAUCAACCUCAGGCCGCAGAUGUCUCAGUUCCUGUGCUUGAAGAACAUUCGCACCUUCUUGACGUGUUGCUGCAACGAGUUCGGCAUGAAGAAGAGCGACCUGUUCGAGGCCUUCGACCUGUUUGACAUGCGGGACUUUGGAAAGGUCAUGGACACGCUCUCCAAGCUCUCCAACACAGCAAUGGCACUGCAAGGAGGAUUCAAGCCUUUUCCCACAGAAAUAAUCCUAAAAGAUGAGGACAUUUACAACCACCUGGAAGACCUAAUGGAUGAAAACACCAUGGAGGAUGAGGACGACUUGUACGCGGUGGUGUACGGGCUGGAAGAAGACUACGCGGGCGGGGAGAUUUAUGAGGACCUUAUGAGGACCGAACAGCAGAAGGCGAUCGAGUCAGACGUUCGAAGCUGCUGCCUCUCUGAGAUCAAACAGACGGAGGAGAAGUACACGGAGACGUUGGAAUCCAUCGAGAAGUAUUUCCUCAACCCUCUGAAGAGGUUUUUCUCCGCGGCUGAAAUGGACAAAGUUUUUGUCAACAUUCCAGACUUGGUGAAGGUUCACAAGAGCCUGAUGGUGGACGUUCAAGACUCCAUCCUGAACAAGAACGCUUUGAAUCUCUACCAAAUUUUCAUUAGCUACAAAGAGAGACUUCUCAUCUACAGCAUCUACUGCAGCCGGGUGGAGAUUGCCAUCGCAGUCCUGGACCUCAUCUGCAAAGAGAAGGAAGACGUCCGCCUCAAGUUGGAGGAGUGUUCCAAGAGGGCCAACAAUGGCAAGUUCACCCUGAGGGACCUGCUGGUGGUCCCCAUGCAGAGAGUCCUCAAGUACCACCUUCUCCUCCAGGAGCUCGUCAAGCACACUCCCAACGCUGUGGACAAGACCAACCUGCAGAUGGCGCUGUACGCCAUGAAGGACUUGGCGCAGUUUGUCAAUGAAGUCAAGAGAGAUAACGAGACUCUGCGUGAGAUGGACCAGUACCAGCGCUCCAUUGAGAACCUGAACCAGUCCCUGUUCAGCUACGGUCGUCCAAGAGGAGACGGGGAAGUGCGCAUCGUGUCCAACUUUGACAAGAGGAAACAGGACAGACACAUAUUUCUGUUUGACGUGGCCGCCUUGGUCUGCAAGCGACGCGGCGAUAACUACGAGAUGAAGGACGUCCUCGACCUCAACGUCUUCAAGAUCACUGACAACCCCACCUCGGACAAGGAGGGCAAGAAGUGGUGUUACAGCUUCUACGUGACGCACCAGCAGGGCCACACCGGCUUUGAAUUCUUCUUAAAGACCAGAGAGCUGAAGAAGAAAUGGCUGGAUCAGUUUGAAGCGGUUGUCUCCAACAUCCGACCUGAAUUUGCCAACCACAACGACCACCAGUUCAAGAUGCACACCUUUGACAGGAUUUUUUCGUGCAGCUUCUGUCAUCUCCUGCUAAGGGGGAUCUUCAACCAGGGCUACCUGUGCUUAAAAUGUGGACUUGCAGUCCACAAGGAGUGUUUAGGUCAGCUGGGACUCUGCAGGAGGACGGAAUCUUCCAAGCUGAGGUCCAAGGAGAGCACAACGCUUCCAGACCCAGGUCUGCCCCGGAUGCUGGUGAUCAGAGACUACCACGGCGCCCCCUGUCCGCCGUGCGGCCCCCCGCUGUGCGCUCGCACGGGCGACGUGAUCGGCCUGAUGUUCGCCGACUUGCACAGCUCCUGGUGGCAGGGCAAAAUCCUGGCAAGCGGCAAGAUUGGCUUCUUUCCAAGCGACGCUGUGAGGCCUUCCCCCUGUCUCCCGAAGCCCGUGGAUUACUCGGCACAGCUCUGGUUUGCAGGGCCGAUGGAGAGGUACCAGGCCGAGGUGGAGCUUCAGGACCAAGGAAACAGCACCUAUCUGGUUCGGCACAGGAGUAAAGAGUGCACAGAGUACGCCAUCAGUAUAAAGUUCAACGACAGAGUCAAGCACAUUAAGAUUCUGACCAAGGAUGGCUGCUUCUACCUCGAAGAGAGUCGACUCUUCAAGACCGUGCUGGACUUGGUGGAAUACUACAAGCAGCACUCGUUAAAAGAAGGCUUCAGCAGUCUCGACACCACUCUGCGGGUCCCUUACCGGGAAUUCAACAACGAAAACUCGCCUUGGGCCGUGACCAAGACCGGCAGCGUGUUUUGUCCCAGGGUCGUGUCUGUCGCUGUGGCUCGCUACGACUUCCACUCCAGAGACACGUGGGAGCUGCCGCUACUGCAGGGAGACGUGGUCCAAAUCCACACCAAGACGUCCAACGGCUGGUGGAAGGGAGAGGUCGGCGGCAGAGUGGGCUGGUUUCCUUCUACUUUCGUAGAAGAGGACUGACUUCGCUGACUUGGACUUCGACGUCCAUGUGACCUCCACCACAGCAGGGCGCCGUGGCCGCGCUGUCGCUGCUCCUUCGCCACGUCGGCGUGACGUCGCUCAGAGAACACUGACAGGAAACGCUCUCCAGAACCUUCCUCCCCGCCUUCUGACGGACGCGGAGCACAUGUCGAGUCGAGGAUUCCGGAAGCAUCGUUCGACAAGUGCUUCGGUGUUCAGACUGCCGUCCUCCCCUCACUCCCUCGCCUCCUUCCUAGGUGACUCACCUCGUCUUAUUAUUGAUGAUGACUCAGUGACAGUCGCCCUCGCCGUGGCCAUAUUUGGGUUGGCUGACAAACUGGAGGUCCAACGCGCUCCAUUGUGGUGUGAAUAAACGUGUUAUCGGUAUUUACACGAUACAGCCUGACCCCACAGGAAGUGCCAAAAAUGACGCAGGAUUUGAGUUUGAGGCCAAAAGUCACCACAUUCUUCAUUUUGGUUCACUUCAAAGGCGUUAGUUUGAUGGCCUUUUCUGGACUAGGAACAGAAAAGUGUCUUCUUGACCAAACCGUUCCUUCCCCCGUUUGUUUGCUAGUAAUCAGGAAUACAUAAAAACUUAAUAAUAAUAAUAAUAAUAAUAAUCGAUUUUAUUUGUAAAAAGCACUUUACAUUGAGCAAACAACCUCAAAGUGCUACCGUGUAUUAAAAAAAUAAAUAAAAAGAGAAUAAAAAUAAAUAAAAAUGAAAACUUGAACAGCCAAAUAGCUAGAACUAGUAUGCAUAUAUAUAUAUAUAUAUAUACAUAUAUAAAUAUAAAAAAGGCUUUUUUAAAAAGAAGGGUUUUUAAGCCUUUUUUAAAAGCAUCCACAGUCUGUGGUGCCCUCAGGUGGUCAGGGAGAGCGUUCCACAGACUGGGAGCGGCAAAAAUAAAAACUAGAACAGCCUAAUAGUUAGAACAGUGGUUCUUACCUGGGUUCGAUUGAACCCUAGGGGUUCGGUGAGUCGGCCUCAGGGGUUCGGCAGAGGUCAAGUCACACCCGACUCAUCGUGUGAAUAAAAAACUUCUCCCUAUCGGCGCACUAUGGAUACCCCCAAAUAAUAUUCCCUCUAAUUUUCUAUCUGAUUUACAGGUGUGUCAUUUGUUGUGAGUUCAUGUACUGUGUUGGUUUUGUUCUUUGAACAAGGUGAUGUUCAUGCACUUUUUUUAUAAAAACAUAUGACUUUGUUUUGAAUUUGAAAAUGUUUAUUUUUUUUAUUUUUCCAAGAAAGAAGGGUUUGGUGAAUGCGCAUAUGAAACCGGUGGGGUUC